AACAGCUGAAGCCAUGGAGGACGCUUACCUUGUGCCGGCGAUUCUGUGGCUGCUGCAGACCAUCCUCGCCACCCUCGGGAUCCGCGAGCUGGAUUCAUGGAUCCGCCAAGCCGGGCUUCAGGGUCUCAUCGAGAACCUCAGGUCCGAGCUCGAGGUACUCCAGGCGCUGGCUUCCGAUGCAAAGGGGAUGGCCCGCCGGAGCGCGCGGCUGGAUAAAUCUCUCGCGGACCUCAAAAGGUUUCUGUACGACGCCGACGACCUGGUCGACGAGCUAGACUACUGGAGGCUCCGGCAGCAAGUCGAAGGAGGCCAACACGCGCUGCCUUCAUCCUCCAACGACGCGUACAAUCACUAUGCCUCCGACGGUGUUACCCAGAAUACCACAAUGACUACCCCAGUUGCUUUGCAGGAGCCUGAUGGCAUGCAUGAAGCAGCACAAGUAGAUCAUGGAACAUUGAGGGGCGAUGAUAAUAUUCCGGGGACAAGCAGUCGUGGCAAAAAACGGUCCAAGGCAUGGGAUGAUUUUGUCGACAUAAAAGAUGGUAAUGGGAAGACCGUGCAGGCAGAAUGUAGACACUGUAAAAAGAGAGUUCAAUACAAAGGUGCACAAGGACCAAGAGUCUUGACAACUCAUGUCAAUAGUGCCUACUGUAAGAAUACGCGAGAAGCACGUCCCCAGCAGCCAAGUCAUUCAAGCAUAGAUGCUGCUGCUCAAAAUGCCACUCCCGUUGCUGUCUUUAAUUCAUCCAGCACACCAAUGAUGGGAACGAAUCAAGAACCAAUACAAACUACCGCAGCUACUGCUCACCCUUGGAAUAAGGACGAAUUUUCCAGCAGGAUGCGAGAAAUAACACGUCAGUUGCAUGACAUCCGAGAGGAUGUGACAAUGAAUAUAAACAUGCUUGGGUUUGACUCUGGUGCAAGUUCAAGUCACCAUCAAAGUACAGCCUCAGAUCCAAGCCGAAGAACAUCAAGUCUUCUUCAAGGCAAAGUGUAUGGGAGAGAUGAAGAGAAGGACUCCAUCAUAAACCGGAUGACAGCUGGCAAAUCUGACAGUGUAACUGUUCUGCCCAUUGUAGGCAUUGGAGGUACAGGGAAGACAGCUCUCGCACAAUUUGUAUAUAAUGACCCAAAUAUGCAAAACCAAUUUGACCAAUGCAUAUGGGUUUGGGUGUCUAACAGCUUGGAUGAAAUGAUAAUCACAAGAGAGAUGUUAGAUAUUGUCCCUCCAGAAAAGCACGAAGGUUUAUGCAGCCUUGACAAACUUCAGCAGGUCUUGAAAACCCAUAUUGAAUCAAAGAGGGUUCUACUGAUAUUAGAUGAUGUAUGGGAUGACAUGAACGAUGGCAGAAUGGACGUAAUACUGGCUCCUUUCAAGUCAGACAAUGUAAAAGGCAAUGUGAUCCUUGUGACGACUAGAUAUCUCUCUGUUGCAAAAAGGAUAGGAACAACUGAGCCAGUUGUGUUAGGUGCUCUGAAAGAUGAGGAUUUGUGGUCUUUGUUCAAAGCACGAGCCUUUCGUGAUGAGAACUAUGAAGGGCAUGGAAAUCUAACAAACAUUGGAUGGAAAAUAGCAAGCAAGCUAAAAGGCAACCCAUUAGCAGCAGUAACUGCAGGGGAACUGUUGAGAGUUGAUCUUACUGUUGGUCAUUGGAAUAAAAUUCUGAAGGACGAAGAUGGGAAGUUGCUGGGACGUAGUGGACGCAUCAUGUCUUCUUUGAAGCUUAGCUAUGAUCAGUUGCCGUACCAUCUACACUAAUGCUUCUCGUAUUGUUCUAUAUUCUCCGACUAUGAUGAGUUUCUUGCUGAAGAGUUGGUCCACAUAUGGAUUUCACAAGGAUUUGUCACACGUACUCAUUCAAGUAAGAGGUUAGAGGAUAUAGGAAUGGACUAUCUGGCUGAUUUGGUGAACCUGGGAUACUUCCAGCAAGUUGAAAGCAAAGACUCCCCUUUAGGCAGUCAAAAUUCAUAUGUUGUGUCUGGUCUAAUGCAUGAUUUUGCAAGGAUGGUUUCUAGAGCCGAGUGUGGAAUUGUUGAUGGUCUGCAAUGUAAUGACAUGUUGCCCACUGUACAACAUUUGGCGGUUGUAUACAGGAAAGAUCAGCAUAGGAACAUGUCUUGUACCAGCAAGUUUGAAGAUGAUUUGAGAAAUGCAGUUACAUCCGUGAGAAAACUGAGGACAUUGCUGUUAAUUGGGCAAUAUGACUGUUCCUUCUUCCAAUCCUUCAAAGACAUAUUCCAGAAGGCACGUGAUAUACGUCUUCUGCAAAUAUCUGCUACAUUUGCAGAUUUUAAUUCCCUCGCGUGCAGCUCUAUAAAUCCUACUCAUCUUCGCUAUCUAACACUUACAGUCAAUGAGGUGCAGGGAGAUUUGCCUCAGGUUUUCAGAAAUUUUUGCCACCUUCAAGUAUUAGAUGUCGGGUCAAACACUCAUCUUAAUGUACCUUAUGGCAUGAAUAAUCUUGUCAGCUUAAGGCAUCUUGUUGCAGCUCCCAUUUCUAGAAUUGGCACAUUGACCUCACUUCAGAAGCUAAGCAAUUUCAGCAUACAAGAUUCUGAUGGCUUUCAGAUUAUAGAACUUCAAUCCAUGAACGAUCUUGUCCAACUUGGGAUUUCCCAACUUCAAAAUGUUAAAACUCGGGAGGAGGCUCACCGUGCUGGACUGCAAGACAAAUGGCACUUAGAAAAGCUGUACUUGUCCUGGAAAGACAUCAUGUCAUAUGUUGAAUAUGACUUGGAUGACAGUGAUGAAUAUCUCAGUAGCAUGCCCUAUGAACCUUCUACCAUCAUAGAAAUAGAGUGUUUGCUAACAGAGGUGCAUGUGGGUCCUGAAAGUUCUAGCAGCGGUGUGGAAAUGGAGGAGCGCUUGCUAACGCAGGUGCACGAGAUUCCUGAAGCUUGUACCAGUACAGAAAUGGAGGAGCACUCGCCAGCAGAGGUUCUUGAGGGUCUUAGACCAUACAAAAAUCUAAAGCAUCUUCGGAUAUCUGAGUACACUGGUGCUACCUCUCCAUCUUGGCUUGCCAGCAAUGCCCCAGUUACCUCUUUACAGACGCUUCAUUUAGAAAACUGUGGAGAAUGGCAGAUACUUCCAUCUCUUGAAGGGCUUCCGUUUCUUGCAAACUUAAGCUUGAGCAACAUGCCAAAAGUAAAAGAAGUAUCCAUUCCUUCGUUGGAGGAGUUGGUGUUAAUUAAAAUGCCAAAGUUGGAGAGAUGCUCCUGCAUUUCCUUGAAUGACUUGAACUCUUGUUUAAGGGCUCUUAUAAUUCAGAACUGCCCUGCACUGAAGGUGUUUGAUCUGUUCGGGAACGGCCAUAAAUUCAAAAUUGAGCAGAAUUCAUGGUUGCCACGUCUUUGUGAACUUACUCUAAAGAACUGUCAUAUUUUGGUGGUACCACACCCUUUACCAUCCUCAAGUACUGCUUGUCGUAUU